AUGGUUUGCUGGGCACCGAACGACGCCGACAAGGUAGUGAAUGUUACGAGUGAAGAGAUCCGGUGCGAAACACUGACGAUCCAACAAGGUGGGUAUGGAUGGACUUACAAGAUCGGUGGCUUCCGUACGAUCUUUUUUCCCAACCGCCGUCGACUUGGACCAGACUGGAGCCCAGACAAACAGGAACAGGACUUGACAGGGGGAGGGUGUGUUCAACGUUGCCUUUUCGUCAAGCCUCCCCGGAGGACUCAACCUUGGCCAGGCAAUUUCACGACGGAGAAGAGCACUGUUGCUGGCGUCUCCCUGCAAGUAAUAUAUUGCACAAAGCUGAGAACCGGGUGGGCGAUAGGCAACGGAUCUCGUCCAGCAAGAGUAACUGUUCAAAAGAUUGACUGA